AUGCAGCCGCAGGAAGGAGUCGAGACGAUUAAGAUUAUAAGCAGCGACAACAAGGAGUUUGUUGUUGAAAAGAAGAUCGCGUUCAUGUCCGAAUUAAUCAAGCAUUUGUAUGACGUCAGUCCCGAAACAUCAAGAGAGAUCGUCGUUCCGGAUGUGAGCGGCGAUAUUCUCGGUCGUGUGAUAUUGUUCUGUUCACAUCACUGCGAUAAUCCCAUGCCCGAGAUUGAGAAGCCUUUGAAAAGUAACAAGAUGGAGGAGAAUGUGGACAAGUGGGAUGCAGAUUUUAUAGACCUGGAGGAUUCUGUACUGUACCAAAUUGUUACUGCAUCGAACUACCUCAUGAUUCAAUCCCUCCUUGACUUAGCAUAUCCAUAGUGUCUUGUUUCUUUUUUGAUUGUAGCAGAGAGCAGUUCCUUCACUCCCAGUUGUGCCAAGAUCGCUUCAUAUAUUAAGGGAAAGUCCGCGGAGGAGAUUCGCCAGCACUUUCACAUUGAAAACGACUUCACAAAGGAGGAGGAGGAAA